UCACGCGGUGUCGCUGGCUCCCUUUCUCCCAGGCCUUUCCCCUCCGCUCAGGUCCUUCCCGCUCCAGCUCAGGUCCUCCUUCUUCCCUCCACUCCCCACCCCCUCCCGAAGUCCAAUCCUUUCCUCCGCCCUCCUUCCACCACUCUCUGGCUCUGGGAGUCCUGCAGCGGCUGCAUCGUGAAACCUCAGUGGGUUUGUCAGCGCCCGAAAGGAAGGAAGGGGCGGGGGGAAAGAGGUGCUCGCGAGAGACCGCAACAGCCACAGCAGCUGGAGGUGGACAGGAAGGCAGGGGCAGGGUGUUAGCGUUCCGGCAAAGUUGGGCGCGCGUUUGCGGGAACUCUGAGCACGCGGGGCUGCGGAGCAGCAGCGAUUGAAGAGGCAGUGGAGACCCCCUCCCGGCUCCCAGAAAACCAGGGGAGGCGCCCUGAAAUGAAGAUGAGCGCGCCCUGGACCCGCUUCUAUUCCAACAGCUGCUGCCUAUGUUGCCAUGUCCGCACCGGCACCAUCCUGCUGGGCAUCUGGUACUUGAUCAUCAAUGCUGUGGUACUUCUGAUUCUAUUGGGUGCAAUGGCGGACCCAGAUCAGUAUCACUUAUCCAGUUCUGAACUAGGGGGUGACUUUGAAUUCAUGGAUGAUGCCAACAUGUGCAUUGCAACUGCAAUCUCCCUUCUCAUGAUCUUGAUCUGUGCAAUGGCAACCUAUGGUGCAUAUAAGCAACAUGCUGCCUGGAUCAUCCCAUUCUUCUGCUACCAGAUUUUUGAUUUUGCCCUCAACUCCCUGGUGGCGAUCAGUGUGCUUGUUUAUCCAAAUUCGAUCCAGGAAUAUGUACGACAGCUGCCUCCUCAUUUUCCAUACAAGGAAGAUAUCAUGUCAGUGAAUCCUACCUGUCUAGUCCUUAUUAUUCUUCUCUUUAUCAGCAUUGUCUUGGCUUUUAAGGGUUACCUGAUUAGCUGUGUCUGGAACUGUUACCGAUACAUCAAUGGCCGGAACGCCUCUGAUAUUCUGGUUUACAUAACCACCAAUGAUACUACGGUGCUGUUACCACCCUAUGAUGACACCACUACAGCUUCAACAGCAACUGCAGUGGGUGUAGGGGCUGGGGCAGGGGCUGGGGCAGGGGCAGGGGCAGGGGCAGGUGCAAGUGCAAGUAUGGCUGCAAGUAAAGAGCCUCCUCCGCCUUAUGUAUCUGCCUGAGCCAAAAGGCAACAUGGCCCUGGGAAUGACGGCUUUCCUCAGACUCGUGAGCAAUAGUCCAUUCCUUCGGAGAAAUGUCCUCUGAGAUUACCUGUCCAUCAGUCCGUCACCGACCUCCUGCAAUCUUCAUUUUUUGUUUGUUUUUAAUUUUUUCUUUUUUUUUUUCUCCUGUAGUUUUCAGACUCAUAUAUUAGGUUAAAAAUGUAUUACACAUAAUUUUUCAAAUGUGUUUCAGUCGCAUCUCCUACCUGAUGGGCUCCAGAAUUUUUCCAUUUGUGCUAAGCCAAUAGUAGCUUUAUUUAUAAGACUUUGACACUCAACAUUUGGGAAACUGAGCCUCGAGUCUAGGAGCAGUUUCAUUUGGUGCCCAAGGAAGUCCCUAAAUCAGGUAGAGGGGAGGGACAACCUCUGCCUUCGUGCCCUUUAAUUUUUGAAAAUAUACAGGGAUAGACAAGGCUUUUCACUCCCCUCCCAAUUCUGUUGUGUAGGAUGAGUUUGGUAGGGCUGAUGCUUGCAAAAGCAUCUCACUAAUUUGGGGAAUGGGCUAGCCAUUUCAACUCUCAUAGGCAUUCACUAGAGAAUCCUUUGUCUGACUUAGACGUCAACAGCAGAUGUAUAUCCAUAUUCUACUUAUGACCCCUGCCUCCUGGGCAAAAGUCACUCUUGCCUUUGAAACUCCCUCAAUCUGUAAUUCCACAAAUAGGAAUUCUCUGCUGGAAAAUGCUCACCCCAAACAAUGAGAUGCUGUGGAGUUCUUUGGCUCCUGGUCUAAUAUAAGCUGUGUACUGGAAAGGGGACUGGAGCUAACCAAUCACCUUUUAUUGACCCAUCAACCUUCCAAGCACUUGAAAUAGGUUUUCCCACCCACAAUUCCCUUCUCACAUUAAACUUCCACAAAGUUACAUGUUUAAGAUGCUAAAUUCAAGGGGUGAUACAUUUGUCUCAUGUUUAGAAUUCCAAGUUAUUCUCUCCAUUCUUGGUCCUCUCCCUCAAGAAACCCAGUGGGUAGGCCUAAAACAUACAUAUGCAAUAGAACCAGUAGGUUUUGCACAUCAAAGUGAGCUUACACAUUUCCCACAUUAUCCAGGGAAGAAGGCAGAGGGUCACUACAGUGUUCCCUGAUGCUGUUGUCUCACCUGUAAGAUGACAGAGAAUGUUGAACUACAUGUCUAGUACUGCUUUAGCUCUCAAUAUGAUGCUGAUCCCCCAGAUCAUAGCAGCUACUGUUCCAGCUUUAAGCACCACUAUUUUCCAUCUUUCCUGACCCUAAGUCCCCCUCUCAAGCAGUAGGUUUCACUUGGCAUAUUAUUCUUGGACAGGCCUAGCAGAAUGUAUUCUGCUCCCCAUUCCCUCUGCCUCUUCCACCUCAUCCCAUGACCUCCUAUAAAAUACUCUGAAAUCUGUCCAUCUCGGUUUUAUGGCUCUGCCCUCCUCUGGGGCAUCCCCAAACAGCCUCAUUCAUUUCACCAUUUCUGAUGGUGUACCCCAUGCUCUGUGGACAGAAUAUCAGGAGACCCCUGGGUACAAUGAGAAUGGGCCAGUUAGGCAGGAGGAUAGAAAAGAACAGGGAGAGAGGGACAAUGAGAGUACAUACCAGUGUAGGUGGGGAGGGUGUGGGCAGGGAAAGGGUCAAUGCUCUCUGUGUCUGGUUCUGUAGACAGACCAGUGGUAUAUCUAGAGCAUGGGUGUAUGACUUGCUUGAGCAUUAACAAAUCUGGUUGGCAUGAUUUAUAUUUAGCAAGUCCUGUGGUUUAACAAAACCAUUUGCAAAUGUUUUUUGGUGUUAAGGGAGCUUGAUGGGGAAGAAGAACCAUCAUCUUAUCCAAGAGCAAGCCUCCUGGAAAAGAUUUCAGAAAGUCCUUGAUGAAGGGAAAUAAGUUUAGUAAAGCUAAUGGAGAAAAGGCUUUCUGGGCAGGGGAGGCAUGAGGAGGUUAGAAGGGGAGAGAGCUGCCCAACUUUGGGGAGGAAAAAAACAACAGUGAGAAGUUUAGUGUAGACAGAUCAGAGAUUUGAUCAGUUGACCUGAGUCAGUUGAGGGUCAAAGACAACUGUCUAUGGGAGGCUGAAGGCAAAAGGAAUAUUUUCCUGGAGUUGGGGGAGGAGGUGGAAGAAAGGAAGAGUAUCCAGAGAGGGAGAUGAGGCAGACAGAGGAGCAGGUCACCCAGGAAAUGUGUGGUACGUUGCAGGUCAACAGCUUGCUCUCCAAAGAUUAGAAAUGUCCCUAGGCGUGUAGGCCAGUCCCUAACUCUUGAUGCCUCUUCCAGUCAGGGGUAGGUCCUGUUGCUUGAUCUCACCGAACCUACCCCAGGCCCACUCAGGAAGGUUUUCUAGCCCAGUCUCCAAGAUACAUAGAUAGAUAUUAACAUAUAUACCUUUGAACUUAGGCGGCAAGAUUUUCUUUCCCUCUCUCCAUCCAAGCAAGCAUUACCUUUCUGCUUUCUGAGAUAUUUGGCAACCCUCUGAUAUGUAAAGCAAACACCAAAUUCCUUUGAAGAUGGAUACACACUACUUUUCUUACUGGGUUUUACCUUCCUAGGUAGCUGAAGAACUUUGGUGCAUUCAUUUGUUUGAAAGUUAGCAGCCCCACUAUUUGCUCAUUGCUAAAUGUACUCUAUGUGAAGGUUUCCUGCAAUUAAAGUGAUAUGUCUUCAUUUCUCAGAAAAUAGCCCUUGGAACCUCUGGGCAUGCUGCCCCAUGGACCACUCCCUCCCUGAUAUUGUCAUGCAAAUGCCAUACAAUUUUCAUGUGAAUAAGAAAUAAAUGCCAUGUUUGUUCCAUG